UUCGUUGCCGCACAUUGCCAAAUUCAGCUCGGUUCUGUGUAUAAUUAUUUUCUGCAAUUUCGUCGUUGUUGCAACAUGACGAAAAAGAAACCGCUUGGAAUCGGAUUGAGCCGGGAUGAGCGUAUGCUGAUCGUGGUAGGCGAGAUCAUCCAGGAGUUGUUGAAGGCGCACCGCGAAGGGAAAGAUGUUAACCUGAACCGGCUAAAAACGCGCAUCUCUUCGAACUACGGACUCGAAUCUGCCCCGCGACUAGUCGACAUUAUCGCGGCCGUUCCGCAUGAUGCUAAAUCGAUUCUGUUACCGAAGCUCAGGGCAAAACCAAUCCGAACGGCUAGUGGUAUUGCUGUGGUCGCUGUGAUGUGCAAACCGCACCGCUGUCCGCACAUCAACAUGACGGGAAAUAUCUGCGUGUACUGUCCAGGAGGACCAGACAGUGACUUUGAGUACUCCACCCAGAGCUACACUGGCUAUGAACCGACGUCGAUGAGGGCAAUCCGUGCUCGGUACCAUCCGUUCCUGCAGACGCGCCAUCGGGUGGAACAACUAAAGCAAUUGGGCCACUCAGUGGACAAGGUAGAGUUUAUAGUGAUGGGAGGAACGUUUAUGUGUCUGCCGGAGGAUUACCGGGAUUUUUUCAUCCGCAACCUGCACGAUGCUCUGUCGGGACACACGAGCGCCAGUGUGGUGGAAGCGGUAAAAUAUUCUGAACGUUCGCACACCAAGUGUAUCGGCAUCACGAUCGAAACGCGUCCGGAUUAUUGUCUCAAGCGGCACCUAUCCGAUCUGCUGUCGUAUGGAUGCACUCGGCUUGAGAUUGGCGUCCAGUCAGUGUACGAGGAUGUGGCACGCGAUACGAACCGUGGCCACACAGUGAAAGCAACGUGCGAAAGUUUUCAGAUGUCGAAAGAUGCUGGAUUUAAGGUGGUGUCACACAUGAUGCCCGAUUUGCCCAACGUUGACAUUGAGCGGGACGUGGAGCAAUUUAUAGAGUUCUUCGAAAACCCGGACUUCCGGGCCGAUGGAUUGAAGAUUUAUCCGACGCUCGUGAUCCGCGGAACAGGGCUGUACGAGCUGUGGAAGACAGGCCGCUACAAGAGCUAUCCGCCGUCGACGUUGGUGGAUUUGGUGGCGAAAAUUCUUGCCCUUGUCCCCCCCUGGACCCGUGUUUAUCGUGUGCAACGCGACAUCCCGAUGCCGCUCGUAACGUCUGGCGUUGAGCAUGGAAAUCUCCGCGAACUGGCACUGGCACGCAUGAAGGAUCUGGGAACCGACUGUCGGGAUGUGCGGACGCGCGAGGUUGGCAUUCAGGAGAUUCACAAUAAGGUGCGACCGUACGAGAUCGAGCUCAUUCGGCGGGAUUAUGUGGCGAAUGAGGGCUGGGAAACGUUUCUUUCGUACGAAGACCCAAAGCAGGACAUACUGGUAGGGUUACUGCGGUUGCGUAAGUGCUCGCCAGACACCUUCCGACCAGAGUUGCUGGACGGAUGCUCGAUUGUGCGAGAGCUACACGUUUACGGAUCGGUGGUACCCGUGAACGCACGCGAUCCGACUAAAUUUCAACACCAAGGGUUCGGAAUGCUGCUGAUGGAGGAAGCGGAGCGUAUUGCUCGGGACGAACACGGCAGUCGGAAGCUAGCCGUGAUAUCGGGCGUGGGAACGAGAAAUUACUAUCGCAAGAUGGGCUACGAACUUGACGGACCAUACAUGUCGAAGAUGUUGAUUUAAUAAA